AUGGGUUCUAAUAAAUUGAGUUCCAAUAUACCAACAAGCUUAGGGAAUCUUAAAGAUUUAGUGGCUCUUGACUUAUCGUCAAACAACAUGGUUGGUUCUUUACCUACAGAAAUCGGAAAUCAAAAAGCUGCGAACCAGAUAGAUCUGUCAAUGAAUCAAUUCUCAAAUGGAAUUCCUAGGGAAAUUGGAGGAUUGCAAAAUCUGGUGCAUCUUUCUUUGAGACACAACAAGUUGCAAGGAUCUAUACCUGACUCAAUGAGCAACAUGGUAGGUUUGGAAUUCCUAGACAUUUCUCAUAAUAAUAUAUCAGGAACCAUUCCGAUGUCUAUGGAGAAACUUCAAUACCUCAAGUAUUUCAAUGUUUCUGAAAACAAAUUGUAUGGUGAAAUACCCUCGGGGGGUCCUUUCAAGAACCUCUCGAGUCUGUUUUUCAUCAACAAUGAAGCAUUGUGUGGUUUGUCAAGGUUUAGUGUCCCACCAUGCCCCACUUCGUCAAAGCAUAAAUCAAAUAGGAGAAAUAUGCUACUUCUUUUUCUUUUGCUAGGAAUAGCACUUGUAUUUGUUCCUAUUGCCUUUGUAUUCCUAUGGAUAAGGUAUAGAAGAGGUAAAAGAUCUCCGCAACGAGCUGAUUCGUUGUCUAUUGUAUCAACAGAAAGAAUUUCAUACUAUGAACUGCUCCAAGCAACUGAUUCACUUAGCGAGAGUACUAAUCUGAUUGGUUCUGGAAGUUUUGCCUCUGUCUACAAAGGCGUUCUCAGAAAUGGGACUGCCAUUGCAGUUAAAGUGUUCAAUCUGCAACUGGAAGCAGCAUUCAAGAGUUUUGAUAUAGAAUGUGAAGUUUUGCGUAGCCUUCGCCAUAGGAAUCUUGUGAAUGUCAUCACUAGUUGUUUCAACCUUGAUUUUAAGGCUUUAGUGCUCGAGUAUAUGCCUAAUGGAAGUCUUGAUAAAUGUGGCAUGUGCGUUGGAAUAUCUUCAUCAUGGAUGCUCCUCUCCGGUGAUUCAUUGUGA